GUAGUAUCCGACAAGCACCUGCUGCUCGUGACGCUGCUGCUUGUUAACACAAUGGCGACGGAGACGUUGCCCCUGGUUCUCAAUGUCGAGAUGAAUGCCGUAGCCUCUGCGACCGUCGGUAUUCUUGGCCUUCUAGUCGGCGGCGAAAUUUUACCGCAAGCGCUUUUCAGUGUGGUUUCACUGAACACACUGAGCCACUUUCUGCCCUUCGUGCAGGUGUUGCUAUGGAUCUCCUGGCCUAUAGCUCGGCCGUUCGCAACAGUCUUGGAUCUCAUGUUCCACAGGGGUGGUAUGAACCCCUUUGAGAUGCCUCGCCAAGCGCUCUUAGCGCUCAUGCGAGUGCAGCAAGAGAAAGGGGUCCUAUCGGAGCAAGAGGCGCAGAUUCUUGAUGGCGCUAUGGGCCUGGCAGGUAAGAAGGCUGGGUCAUGCCUUACGAGGAUCGAG